AUGCCCCCGAGGAGGAUCUCUAGAGGAGCCAGUACGGCUGAGUUAGUGCUGAUUAGGAAGUUGAAAUCCUUUGAAGAGCUAGCUGAACAACUGGCCUUAUCCUCCAUACAGCAUCUCACAGAGAGCAUCAAGUCAGGCCCUCAGGAGCCGCGCCUUCCUCGUUUUAAAAUCAGGUUCCGCUACAGCGGGAGGGAAAACCGCACAAACACGCGAGCAUGUGCGCAAGGGGCCGUGGGCACCGCGUGGAAGAACCGCUUCUUCGGCGGCAGCCGGAGCGCGGCGCGGGUUUCGGCACGCCCGGACCGGGGAGCCGCAACCCCUCCCGCGGACGGCGGCAGCGGCGCUAGGGACACGCAGGGGAAACAAAGCCGUGCAAGAGCAAAGUGUGAAGAAUCCCAAUUUGCAUGUGGUAAUGGACGCUGUAUUCCUCAAGUCUGGAAAUGUGAUGGGGAUGAAGACUGUUCAGAUGGCAGUGAUGAGAGUGCUUGUGUGAAGAAGACGUGUGCUGAAUCUGAUUUUGUGUGCCUCAGUGGUCAAUGUGUGCCUAACAGAUGGCAGUGUGAUGGGGAUCCGGACUGUGAGGAUGGGUCUGAUGAGAGUUCCGAACUGUGCCAUACGAGAACAUGCCGGGUAAAUGAAAUCAGCUGUGGUCCUCAGUCAACUCAGUGUAUCCCAGUGUCCUGGAAAUGUGACGGUGAAAAAGACUGUGACAGUGAAGAAGAUGAACAGAAUUGUGGCAAUGUGACUUGUAGUCCAGCAGACUUCACAUGCAGCAGUGGGCAAUGUAUUUCCAAGAGCUUUGUCUGCAAUGGUCAAGAUGACUGCAGUGAUGGCAGUGAUGAGCUGGAGUGUGCACCUCCUACAUGUGGAGUUCAUGAGUUCCAGUGCAAGACCUCGAUUUGCAUCCCCCUCAGCUGGGUGUGUGAUGAUGAUGCUGACUGCUCUGACCACUCAGAUGAGUCUCUAGAGCAAUGUGGCCGCCAGCCUGCACCUUCUGUAAAGUGCUCUGCCAGUGAGGUGCAGUGUGGCUCAGGUGAAUGUAUCCACAAAAAGUGGCGCUGUGAUGGAGAUCCUGACUGUAAGGAUGGAAGUGAUGAAAUCAACUGCCCUUCUCGGACCUGCAGACCAGACCAAUUCAGAUGUGAAGAUGGGAACUGCAUCCAUGGGAGUAGGCAGUGCAAUGGUGUGAGAGAUUGUCUGGAUGGCACAGAUGAAGCAAAUUGUAACAGUGUUAUUCAGUGCUCUGGACCUGGCAAAUUCAAGUGCAGAAGUGGAGAAUGCAUAGAUAUCAAUAAAGUAUGUAACCAGCAGAGAGACUGCAAGGACUGGAGUGAUGAGCCCCUCAAGGAAUGUAACAUCAAUGAAUGUCUGGUGAACAAUGGCGGAUGCUCUCAUAUCUGCAGAGAUCUCAUUAUUGGCUAUGAAUGUGACUGUCCAGCUGGGUUUGAGCUUCUGGACAGGAGAACCUGUGGAGAUAUUGAUGAAUGUCAGAACCCUGGUAUCUGUAGUCAGAUCUGUAUCAACCUGAAAGGGGGCUACAAAUGUGAAUGUAGCCGUGGCUAUCAGAUGGAUCUUGCUACUGGGGUGUGCAAGGCAGUUGGGAAAGAACCAAGUCUAAUUUUCACCAACCGUCGGGACAUCAGGAAGAUUGGCCUUGAGAGAAAAGAAUACAUUCAGCUUGUAGAGCAGCUAAGAAACUCUAUAGCUCUAGAUGCUGAUAUUGCUGAACAAAAGCUUUACUGGGCAGACUUCAGCCAAAAAGCAAUCUUCAGUGCCUCUGUUGAUACCCGCGAUAAAGUUGGAACUCACAUCAGAAUCCUGAACAACGUACACAGCCCUGCAGGAAUUGCUGUUGACUGGGUUUAUAAGAACAUCUACUGGUCUGACUCAACUGCAAAGACCAUUUCAGUGGCUAGCCUGGAUGGCACAAAAAGAAAGGUUUUGUUUCUCUCUGAGCUGAGAGAGCCAGCUUCUAUUGCUGUAGAUCCCAUCUCUGGCUUUAUGUACUGGUCAGACUGGGGUGAGCCAGCAAAAAUUGAGAAAGCAGGAAUGAAUGGAUUUGACAGACAGCAGCUUGUGACAACAGAAAUCCAAUGGCCUAAUGGAAUUGCUCUAGAUCUUGUAAAAAGCCGUCUGUACUGGCUUGAUUCUAAACUACACAUGCUGUCAAGUGUGGACUUGAAUGGCCAGGAUCGUAGAAUUGUGCUGAAGUCGCAUAUGUUCCUUCCUCAUCCUCUUGCUCUAACCAUUUUUGAGGACCGUGUGUACUGGAUUGAUGGAGAGAAUGAGGCAGUCUAUGGUGCCAACAAAUUUACUGGAACCGACUUGGUUACCCUAGUGAACAACCUCAAUGAUGCACAGGACAUCAUUGUGUAUCAUGAACUUGUUCAGCCUUCAGGUAGGAACUGGUGUGAAGAGAACAUGGCAAAUGGAGGCUGUAGCUACCUGUGCCUUCCUGCUCCUCAGAUUAAUGAACAUUCUCCAAAGUACACCUGUGCAUGUCCUGCUGGGUACUUCUUGCAGGAGGAUGGUAUGAGAUGUACAGUUUCAGGUACUGGAACAACUGUGGCUUACACUGAGGCUAAAGAUACCAGCACAACAGAAAAAUCUCCAACUGUUGGACUAGUUCCUGGAGGAUUCAACACUAGUGGUACAACCUCUGAAGUAACUGCAGCUGGAAGAACAUCAGCAGCUUGGAUCAUUCUUCCUGCUGUAUUGCUGAUGAUGGCUGCAGCAGCUGGCUACUUCAUGUGGCGUAACUGGCAGCACAAGAACAUGAAAAGCAUGAAUUUUGAUAACCCAGUCUACCUAAAAACUACGGAAGAGGACCUCACAAUUGAUAUUGGAAGACACAGUGGUUCAGUAGGACACACCUACCCUGCAAUAUCUGUAGUCAGCACAGAUGAUGAUAUGGCGUGAGCACUGGAUCAGCAAUCACUUUCAGUUUACUUGUGUCUUACACUCUUUGGGGAUAGUAACCAGGUUUGUGGCUGAAGGACUUCCUCCAUUCUUGGAAGAAAGAAGAUACUUUCUGUAUUUAUGGAACACUUGUGUAAAUAGUUAUUUUCUACAGUUUAACAACUCUGUAAAUACCUGUCCACAACAAUUCAGCUGUUUGUGGUUACAGUUUUAUCAGUAACCCUUGGGUUGGUUAGUCAGUAACAUCACUGACCAAAUAUAAAGCACUUUCCAUAGAAAGCCAUAUAUUCCAGCCACAACUUGUGUAACACCUGUACAUAUGUCUAUAGGCCACUUGUAAAUAAUUAUUGGAAAAUCACUACCAAGCACUUUGAAAUACUUCAGAUGUAAAUUAUUGUACACUCUUUUUCAAUGAUUGGGGCAAUGGCAAUAGGAAAAAACGGGUUACUAUGAUUGCCAAAAAUUUGUAAACAUAAGUAAUUUUAUAUGUAUGAUUGAAACAAUCUUGUUUGUUACCUCUUAGAGGUGUACAAGAAUGAAUGAUCUCUGAGAAACCACUGUAAAACUCAAAUGCAGCCGAGGGGAUAAAAAUAAAACGAGUCAAGCAGUUGAAGUAUUGUUCUCAAUUAUUAUGUUAGCACCAAAGUAAAAUUAUGUAUCUCCGAAGUUGAAAGCUUUAGUAGGCUACACUACCACUGCCAGCCAGAUCACGAGGUAUUUCUCCAGUUACUUCAGCAGCAUUCUAGGCAGCUAAGACACUUGCCAGGUGACAUGUUUGUUAUUGAGACUAAUAGUCUGCACAGAGUAAUGGACAGAGUGGCUCUCCUAUCACAGAAGCCCAGCUGAUCUCCUAAGUUAGGACUGACGCUGGCUAAAAUUACUCAACUACUGCUGCAAGGUUUUGAGAGGCAGCAUUGGCAGAUGUGCGAGGUGGAGACGGGUCAGAGCAUGAUCUGACAGGUGAGUGUGAGGUCCUUGCAGUGUCAGGCUGUUGGCAGUUACUCCCCAUAACUUUUGUAGUAUGAGGUGCUGCUUGACUCUUGCUAAUCCUUCCCCCUUCAAGGUAAGAAAAAAAACGCUUGUGGUGGGAGGGAUGCAGUUUCAAGGCUAAGACAUAGUUUGGAAAAAGCAAUAAUCUCUUGGUUAUGCUGUAGUGAUGACAUGUUAAAUCAUUCUCAAUCAAUCCUGUCUCUAAAAUAGUAACCAUGGAAAUAAAGUCAGAACUUGGAUCAGUUCCUAGGCUUGCUUCCAAUGCCUGUUCUCAUUGCAGUUACAGCUGGGGUCUGUUCUCUUAAUGGUCUUCUUGUAUUGUGGACUCCUUUAUUAACAGAUGAGGACAGCUGCCAACUUGUGCAGGUUUGAAAUAAGUUGUUUCUAGCAAGUUCACAGCUCUUUGGGGAAUUGAAGCUUCUAACCAGCUGUCUCUGGAAACUCUUGACUGUAGACAUUUAAGAUCUCUGGAACUCAACGUGUACUAAAUUGUCUUGCAAAGAUUAGGAUAUAAGGGGACCUCUAAAGUUUCUGGCUAGCAAUAUUGUAUCUUUUUUUACCAAGUAUCUGUUGGGAUAAAGCGCCUUUCAUAGAUGCUUAAUACAUGGCAUUCAUUAGUUAUGGGGUGGAAUUCAGCUUUUUCAGGUAGACUUCUAACUCUGGAUACUUUGAGGUAUUUGCAUUCAGAUGUAACAAAGCAACUCUCAGAUGUUUGAUUAUAAAUUCACAUGGCAGCUGAUUACAGGCAAAAUGCUCUGCCUUCCCAGUCUUUGUACAGAACAGCACUAGUUUUUUGCUGAAGUUCAUUGCUCUUACCAGUAUCAUACCAAAUGGUAUAAUGAAAGACCAGUAAGACCAAUAAAGACAUUUUUUUCUGAGAUGAAUACUUAUUUGAAGUAGCAACUUACGUCUAUUAUGGGAACAUGACGUAAUUUUUACAGACACUGUCGACUCUAGGAAUUUGUUUUCUGACUUUACUCCAGUGUGCUGAAAAAAGAAUAGUGCCUUGACAAACUUUUUUUUUUUUUCCUGUAGUCCAGAGGGGACUUAACACUUUACCAGGUAAAACAUGUAUGGCUUCAUUCAGCAGAAGAGAGGAGUGGGGAAUGUAAGGCAGUAGCCAUAGAUCGUAUAAGAUGGCCUAUACUUAUUUGCAAAUGUUGUUUGGUUUUAGUCUCACUAGAUUUAUUCUAUCCUGCCCCUCUUCAUUUUUGUGUUAUGAAAUCAUUGUUUACUUCCACAGCAGG